AUGGCGCAGGUAGAAGAGAAGAACAGCGUACGGGUCCAUGGAGGAGGCGACGUGGAUGAGGAGGGAGCGAGGGCAAGAUGGUCGCAGAGCGGACAAACUAGGUCGUGGAGCCGUGAGUGCGGUCCUUACAGGGGGGAAUGGGCGGAUCGAGGGUCGGGGCUGAUGGAUGAGAUGCGAUGUUGGAGCAGCGGGAGAACAAGAAGCUCCUGCCUUGGUGGUGCUGGGUGCUUCUCAAACGUCAUGGAACCGGCGACCUGUAGAAAGGGGGGUGUCUCGAUUGAUUUGCCGACGACGGGAGAGUUCAAGUUCCUCCAGUCCGUUUCGGGGCGUCAAAAGAUUUGCAGCAAGAGGAAGCAGAGGAGAGCUCUGACUACCUUCUUGCUACAGUGCUUGGCUGUGUCGGAGAUCACGGUUGCCAUGACGUUGGAUGGGGGGGGCGAACGGGCGGUUGUUCCUCGAGCGGGAACAGUGUAUGAUGGUCUAGACAGCAGGGCAGAAGAGAUCAACCAAGAGACUGGAGGAGCAAACUCAAACCCCUCUCCCUCCCCAUUGAACCCUCCCCGAGAGCCUGCACAGCAGCGAACUUUCUCGUUCUCCGGCCCUUUCAUGCUCACGUUGGGGGGCUCGGGGAACUCAGGCAUGCUGCGAGGAAGCUUCACUAACUUGCCGUCAACGAUGCGAUCAAGCACAGAGACGGACGAUCAGGAGACCUCCUUGUCGGAUGAAGGACUUGACUCUUGUAUCCACCAUAGGAUGGAGGGGAGGAACGUGUUGGAUGGGGCAGGCAGCCUUGACUAUCCGAUCAGCAGGCAAGCAGCACCAAGUCGACACAGAUUCGUGCAGCCGAGGUCGGAAGCUGACAAUAUGAACACAUUCUCCCGCUCCUCGUGGAGCCUCCCGGAAAACUUUGAUGUUGUCUAUCAAAACCAUUCGAGUUUCAACUUGAGCUCUAUCCCUGGCCUUGCUGAAUUGAACCCGCUAGAAGAAAUCCCAAUAGACCCAGGGAACUUCCAGGCGGAAGUGAACUUACUGAUGGUUUCGAACGGGACUGCCACGACCUCUCCCAUCGGCACCCUCAACUCGUUCCCAGCCUUGAUGUUCUUGUUUCAUCGCCUAUCAAGGAUAAGACUCCCGGCUAUCUUCGUGCGAUCAAGAACUGGUCAGGCGAGCUCGGGAGGAGGAUAUCCAGAUGGGGCUGACUUCUUGUGGGACGAUGAUGGGCUCGGAACAGACGGCAAUCGACCGACAUACGCGGAAGCAGCAGCUGGGAAACCUGGGAGGCAGGCACAGACCAAACAACCAUAUUUCUUCCGUGGCAGAGCUUCUGAGCCCAUGCUCAUGAGCUUGAAGAGAAAAUCAACGAAUAAUGGUGUUGCCAAUACGCAGGUAGACAACAGCCCAGCUGAGAACAGUUCGACUUACGAUUCAGAACUGUGA